CUCCCAGCUCGUCCGGAUGCCCUGCGUGUCUUCCUCCACCGCCGUGCCCCGGGCAAGGCGACAGUAGGUGGCGCCUCGCCUUCUGCCAAGCGACUGCUCCCUGGUGUCUGCAGAGGGCCUGCACCCAAUGUGUGGAUGCUCACGUGUCUUCUUUCGUCAUGCCUUUCUCAGAAGGUUGGCACAAAGUGCCUCACUAGUCUGGUCUUCACUGCACACUUCAAUGUCUUCGUUGGCUGCUGUUCCCCUACUGUUCAGACACGCGACCCCUUAGGAGCCACAGGAAGGAGAUGGCACGACGAGGAAGAAGAAGAACACGAGGUGGAGGGAGAGGAGGCGCCAGCCCCCGCCGCAGCAGCGGCUGCUGGCCGUCCUCGCCACAAAGCCGCUCACAAGCCCUCAGGUCAGACAGAACAGAAUCAUAUGUGUGUGCAUCUACUGAGUGACACCCAUGUGUCCAUUUGUACGUGUAUGUGUUGGUUUUUCAGCUGCUGCUGAUAGGACAUGCAUAAUGCGGCUUACAUAAUGCAGCUUACCGCCAAAGCCGCCAUUGGGUGAGACAGAUCCUCAGCCACACACACAAGGUGACAAGGUGACAAGUGUCGUGUUUGGGUGCAGGGACCAACGACCCUCACCGGCCCAAUCGACCCCUCCUGCUCUUCCAGAGCCCUUUCAGGAGGCCCCUGAGGCAGCAGCAGCAGCAGCAGUGCGGCACUUCUCGUGCCGCCGUCUCCUGGUGAUGCAAUCCUCCCUCCCGCAGUGUCCCUCGAGCUGGAACGCAAGCGCGAGGAGGAGGACAAGUCCUCGUCGCCCAAGAGGUCCAGGUUCGGACCGCCCCGUUCCCCGGCAGCUGCUGCUGAGAUAGGAGAGGAGGUAAAUAUGGCCCCCGCACCAGCACCCGAGCAGCAGGAGCCGGAGCAGCAGCAGCAGCAGCAGCAGCCGUUCGCGCCACCCGACGUCGCCAUGGCCGCGGCGGCCGAGGCAGAAGAGCCGCAGUUGCCGCCCCCCGCACCGAUGACGGCCCCACCUGCCGUGGGUGUUCACGAGGCCGCUGCUGCUGCGGUCGUUGCCCCAGCCCCGGCCGCAGCAGCGGCCGCUGCUGCUGCUGGUCGCCUUCGCCGCACAGCCGCAAUGCGGCUAACGGCCAAAGCCGCCAUUGGUAAUUCAUGA